UUUCAGCAAUAAUAUUUGAGACGAUUACAAAUGAAGAUCUGCCUGUGAUCAAGUGUGUCUUAAUUAAUCAUAAGAAUGAUUCGUCAGUGGAAAUAUCACAUCCCAGGGCAUCAGAAUCCCAGGAAGAUCUGCGGUGUGCCCUGAAGCCUGAGCAUACAGAGUCUGUCUACGAGGCUGCUGCCGUGGAAGUGGAUGCGUCUGCCUCUGUCACCCUGCAAGUGCUGGUCAACACCCCUGGGAACAUCUCCUGUCUCUGGUUCUUUAAACACAUCUCCCUGAAUUGCCAGCCAUAUUUUGAUUUACAAAACAGAGGAGUAAUUUCCAUGGUCAUUUUGAAAAUGACAGAAACCCAGGCUGGAGAAUACCUACUUUUUAUCCAGAGUGAAGCUGUCAAUUGCACAAUAUCGUUUACAGUGAGUAUAAGAAGUACACUGCUUUAUACAUUAAGGAGACCUUACUUCAGAAAAAUGGAAAAUCAGGAUGCCUUGGUCUGCAUAUCUGAAAGCAUUCCAGAACCAACUGUAGAAUGGGUAUUUUGUGAUUCACAGAGUGAAAGCUGUAAAGGAGAAAGUCCGGCUGUUGUUACAAAGGAAGAGAGUGUUCUUCAUGAAUUAUUUGGAACAGACAUAAGGUGUUGUGCAAAAAAUGAGCUGGGCAGGGAAUGUACCAAGCUCUUCACAAUAGAUCUAAACCAAACUCCUCAGACUACACUGCCACAGUUAUUUCUUAAGGUAGGAGAACCCUUAUGGAUAAGGUGUAAAGCUGUUCAUGUAAACCAUGGAUUUGGGCUCUCUUGGGAAUUAGAAAACAAAGCCCUGGAAAAGGGCAGCUACUUUGAGAUGAGUACCUAUUCCACAAACAGAACUAUGAUACGGAUUCUGUUUGCUUUUGUAUCAUCAGUGGGAAGAAAUGACACUGGAUUUUAUACUUGUUCCUCUUCAGAGCAUCCCAGUAAAUCAGCUUUGGUUACCAUCCUAGAAAAGGGAUUUAUCAAUGCUUCCAAAUCAAGUGAAGAUUAUGAAAUUGAUCAGAAUGAAGCGUUUUGUUUUUCUGUCAGGUUUAAAGCAUACCCACAAAUCAGAUGUACCUGGACUUUCUCUCGAAUAUCCUUUCCUUGUGAGCAAAGUGGCCUUGAUGAUGGGUACAGCAUAUCUAAGUUUUGCAACCAUAAACACCAGCCAGGAGAAUAUAUAUUUCAUGCAGAAAAUGAUGAUGCCGAGUUCACAAAAAUGUUCACUUUGAAUAUAAGAAGGAAACCUGAAGUGCGAGCUGAGGCUUCAGCAAGUCAGGCGUCUUGCUUCUCUGAAGGCUAUCCAUUGCCAUCUUGGUCCUGGAAGAAGUGUACAGACAAGUCUCCCAACUGCACAGAGGAGAUCACAGAAGGCAUUUGGAAUAAAAAGGCAAGCAAGAUAGCAUUUGGAAAGUGGACCUCCAGCAGCACUCUGAACAUGAGCGAGGCUGUGAAAGGGUUCCUGGUGAAGUGCUGUGCGCACAAUUCCCUCGGCAGCUCCUGUAAAAGAGUCCAUUUAAAUUCACCAGGUCCCUUCCCUUUCAUCCACGACAACAUUUCAUUCUACGCAACAAUUGGGCUUUGUCUUCCCUUCAUUGCCGUUUUAACCAUGCUAAUUUGUCACAAGUACAAAAAGCAAUUUAGGUAUGAAAGCCAGCUGCAAAUGGUCCAGGUGACCGGCUCUUUGGACAAUGAGUACUUCUACAUUGAUUUCAGAGAAUAUGAAUAUGACCUCAAAUGGGAGUUUCCAAGAGAAAAUUUAGAAUUUGGGAAAGUGCUAGGAUCUGGUGCUUUUGGUAAGGUGAUGAAUGCAACGGCUUAUGGAAUUAGCAAAACAGGAGUCUCUAUCCAAGUUGCAGUCAAAAUGUUGAAAGAAAAAGCAGACAGUUCUGAAAGAGAGGCUCUCAUGUCCGAACUCAAAAUGAUGACUCACCUAGGAAACCAUGAGAACAUUGUGAAUCUGCUGGGGGCAUGCACACUGUCAGGACCAGUUUACUUGAUUUUUGAAUAUUGUUGCUAUGGUGAUCUCCUCAACUAUCUACGAAGUAAAAGAGAAAAAUUUCAUAGAACAUGGACGGAGAUUUUCAAGGAACACAAUUUCAGUUUUUACCCGACUUUCCAAUCACAUCCAAAUCCCAGUAUGCCUGGUUCAAGAGAAGUUCAAAUACACCAGGACUCGGAUCAUAUCUCAGGGCUCAAUGGGAAUUCAUUUCAAUCUGAAGAUGAAAUUGAAUAUGAAAACCAAAAAAGGCUGGAAGAAGAAGAGGACUUGAAUGUGCUUACAUUUGAAGAUCUUCUUUGCUUUGCAUAUCAAGUUGCCAAAGGAAUGGAAUUCCUGGAGUUUAAAUCAUGUGUUCACAGAGACCUGGCUGCCAGGAAUGUUCUUGUGACCCAUGGGAAAGUGGUGAAGAUAUGUGAUUUUGGAUUGGCUCGUGACAUUAUGAGUGAUUCCAACUAUGUGAUCAGAGGAAAUGCCCGUCUGCCCGUAAAGUGGAUGGCGCCUGAAAGCUUGUUUGAAGGAAUCUACACGAUUAAGAGUGAUGUCUGGUCCUACGGAAUAUUACUCUGGGAAAUCUUCUCACUCGGCGUCAACCCUUACCCUGGUAUUCCAGUUGAUGUGAACUUCUAUAAGCUCAUUCAGAGUGGAUUUAAAAUGGAUCAGCCAUUUUAUGCGACAGAAGAAAUAUACUUUAUAAUGCAGUCCUGCUGGGCUUUUGACUCAAGGAAACGGCCAUCCUUCCCUCAUCUGACUUCAUUUUUAGGGUGUCAGCUGGCAGAUGCAGAAGAAGCGAUGUAUCAGAACAUGGACAACGCUGUCUCUGAGCGUCCUUCUGUCUACCAGAACAGGCGAGCUUACAGCAGAGAGGUGGAUUCAGGACUGUCCUCGACACAGGCUCAGGUUGAGGAUUCAUAGGGAAACAACUCAGUCUUAAGGACUGCACCCCCCUUGCCACCAUAAACAGGCUGUAGAUUACCAAAACAAGAUUAAUUUCGUCAUGAGAAGAAAAUAUAUUCUCAACUACUGCUUUGCUGGACUUUUCUCUAGAAGCUCUCUGUAUUUACUCUUGUUUUCAAAGGGACUUUUGUAAAAUCCAAUCAUCCUUUGCAUAAGGCCGGAAGAACUGAUAAAUAACUUUAUUGGAGCAUCUACCUACAUCUAAAGGCCUACUCUGGCCAGCUUGAGUGAAAAUUGUGUAUCUGAAGUCUAGUAUUUUCUUGUAAAUACAUAAAACAAAGGCAUUUUGCUAAGGAAAAGCUAAUAUGAUUUUUUUAAAUCUAUGUUUUAAAAUAAUAUGUAAUUUUUCAGCUAUUUAGUGAUAUAUUUUAUGAAUGGAAAUAAAAUUUCUACUAUAGAAAUAUUUGUUAUUGAGUUGUUUAAAUAGCAUAUUUAGGGCAAGACUUAAGUGGAGUUCUUGAACCUGCUGAAAUUGUGUGCAAUGUUAUAUUUGUGUGCGUGUAUAUUUUUCCUAUUAAAAAAGGCCCAUUCUUUUAUGAGAU